GUCGCCGAGCGCCGCCCCACCCCCGCCGUGCGGCGGGCCCGGCAGGUCUAGCGGGAAGAGCUCGCUCCCGCAGCGUGGUGACCCGCCGGCUGCCAUGUCCCAGCCGCAGCUCGGACGCCGACGCCCCCUAGCCCGCCAGCCGUGCGGCGCCUCCGGGCUGGCUCUGCUGGCGCUGCUGACGCUGCCGCUCGCCUUGGCCAACUGCCCGUGUCCGGAGCCCGAGCUCUGCCGCCCGAUCCGCCACCGCCCCGACUUCGAGGUUUUUGUGUUUGAUGUUGGACAGAAAACUUGGAAAUCUUACGAUUGGUCACAGAUUACUACUGUGGCAGUUUUUGGAAAAUAUGACUCAGAACUUAUGUGCUAUGCUCAUUCAAGAGGAGCCAGAGUAGUACUUAAAGGGGACGUAUCCCUAAAGGAUAUCAUUGAUCCUACUUUCAGAGCAUCCUGGAUAGCUCAAAAACUUGAUAUAGCCAAAACACAAUAUAUGGAUGGAAUUAAUAUAGAUAUAGAGCAAGAAGUGAAUUGUUCAUCACCUGAAUAUGAUGCAUUAACUGCUUUAGUCAAAGAAACCACAGACUCUUUCCAUCGUGAAAUUGAGGGAUCACAGGUAACCUUUGAUGUAGCUUGGUCUCCAAAGAACAUAGACAGAAGGUGCUAUAAUUAUACUGGAAUUGCAGAUGCUUGUGACUUCCUCUUUGUGAUGUCUUAUGAUGAACAAAGUCAGGUCUGGUCAGAAUGUAUUGCAGCAGCCAAUGCUCCCUAUAAUCAGACAUUAACUGGAUAUAAUGACUACAUCAAGAUGGGCAUUAAUCCUAAGAAACUUGUAAUGGGUGUUCCCUGGUAUGGUUAUGAUUAUACAUGCCUGAAUCUAUCUCAGGAUCAUGUUUGUACUAUUGCAAAAGUCCCUUUCCGGGGGGCUCCUUGUAGUGAUGCUGCAGGACAUCAGGUGCCCUAUAAAAUGAUCAUGAAGCAAAUGAAUAGUUCUAUUUCUGGAAACCAAUGGGAUGAAGGUCAACAGGCUCCUUACUAUAAUUAUAAAGAUCCUGCUGGCCAUUUUCAUCAAGUAUGGUAUGAUAAUCCUCGGAGCAUUUCUUUAAAGGCUGCAUAUAUACAAAACUAUGGCUUACGGGGCAUUGGCAUGUGGAAUGCAAACUGUCUUGACUACUCUGGAGAUGCUGUAGCCAAACAACAAACUGAAGAAAUGUGGAAUGCCUUAAAGCUAAAGCUAAAGCUGUGACAGGGAUGAACAUCUUUUGUCAGACUAUCAAGAUUUAGAAAAAUGAUCUGUAUAAAUAGAUCUAGUUUCUUAAAGAAAUAAAAACGUACAUUUUAAUCA